AUGGUAAGUUCUGGCCUUAGACUUUGCUCGCGACAUGUUUAUCAAAAAUCGCUAUGUCUUCCUAAGACCAAAUUCCCCAAUAGAUCAAAUUUGCAAAAAACUAUGGAUCAAUUAAUUCCUAAAUCUUCGCAAAUUCUAUAUGAAGAACAAUUUCAGAUGUUUCUGCGACAAGCCCAGGCUUUAAAUCCACAUGACCGACUUGAAUUUGUUCAGGAAAAGCUGUUUGUGCUUCACGAUGGUCCCCCUUAUGCCAAUGGGGAUUUGCACCUUGGACACGCUAUGAACAAGAUACUGAAGGAUAUUAUCAAUCGCUUUCAAUUACUUCAGGGUAAAUAUAUAUAUUACAAAACUGGAUGGGACUGCCAUGGCUUACCCAUUGAACUAAAGGCGUUGCAGAAGUUGACAGAGGAUCAGGAUAAAUUAUCACCCAUCAAAAUUCGGCGUCUGGCCUCUCAGCAUGCUCAAAAAACUAUCAAGAGCCAACGAAAUCAGUUCCAAAAAUACGCUAUUGCUACCAAUUGGGAUGACCAUUACGAAACUAUGCAAAAAAAAUUCGAACUUGAUCAAUUGACCAGUUUAAAGAAGAUGAUUCAUACCGGGUUGAUCAAAAGGCAAAACAAACCUGUUUACUGGGGUACUGAGACUAAAACAGCUCUUGCAGAGAGUGAACUUGAGUAUAAAGAUGACCAUAUAUCGACCUCGGUAUACGUCAAGUUUCCUUUAAGUAACAAAUCAUCCGAUUCCCUCAGAAAUACCACCUCUUUAAAUCCACACAACGAUAUAAAGGUUGUUAUUUGGACCACCACUCCGUGGACUAUUUUUGCUAAUGAAGCUAUUUGUUUCAACAAGAAUCUCAGGUACGGAAUAUACGAUUGUGGUGAUGAAUACCUUUUAGUUCAGACGGAUUUGAAGGGCAAGGUCUUACAGGACAGCUCUGUAAACCUAGUGUCAGAACUUUCAGGAGAAGCACUGAUGAAUUUGAGAUACAUAACCCCUUUUUCCCAUGAAAGCAACGAUAAAAGUUUUAUUCAUGGUGACCACGUUAGUAACUCUACGGGUACCGGCUUCGUUCAUACAGCUCCAGGUCAUGGGUUUGACGAUUACAUUAUUGGAAUAAAGAAUGGCCUAAGGAUAUUCUCUCCAGUGGAUAAUGAGGGGAGAUACAAACUAGAUGAGCUUCCACCGAAUCUUAUGAGGUAUUUACAAGAACCAGAUAAGGGUAAAGCCAGGAAAGUAUUGUCAAAACAAACGGUGGAUCAAGUUUUACAAGUUCUAAAGGAUUAUCAAAUGCUUUUGAAGGCUGAAGAAUACGUUCACUCUUAUCCAUAUGAUUGGAGAUCUAAAAAACCAGUUAUAAUACGAGCAACUCCACAGUGGUUUGCCGAUCUAACAGACGUAAAGGAGCUGGCAUUACGUAGCUUGGAAAAAGUGAAGUUUUAUCCUGAAAGGGGCCGUACUCGCCUAACUUCUUUUAUCAAGGCCAGGAAUGAAUGGUGCAUCUCCAGACAAAGGUCUUGGGGUGUGCCCAUCCCUGCAUUCUACAAAACCGACAAUUGCGAUGAAGUUUUAAUGAAUGAAGAUAUAGUUGAUCAUGUUAUAAGUGUGAUUGAUAAAAAAGGGAUUGAUGCUUGGUUUAAAGACGACAACAGUGAUAUCAAGGAAUGGCUACCUCCAAAAUACCACCACAAAGCUCACCAGUAUUCGCGAGGUAAAGAUACGGUAGAUGUAUGGUUUGACAGCGGAAGCACUUGGAAGGUUUUGGAAGACUUUUACCUAAACCAGUUGGGCUUACACAAGACUCCAACACCGCUUGCCCAAAUAUACUUGGAGGGUUCUGAUCAGCAUAGAGGGUGGUUUCAGAGCUCUUUGCUUACGAAAGUAGCGACGACCAGCCAACCUGAUGCUCCUUACGGAACUGUAAUCACGCAUGGUUUCACUUUGGAUGAGAAGGGACUUAAGAUGUCUAAGUCAAUUGGGAAUACUGUUCCUCCUGAGAGCGUGAUAGCCGGAGACGAAAAGCAGGGUAUUCCUCCACUUGGCGUUGAUGGACUGAGGCUUCUGAUAGCACAAGCAGAUUUCACUACUGAUGUGGUAAUUGGACCAACUGUCACGAAACAUGUUGCAGAAUCUUUGAAAAAGCUGAGACUCACAUUCAAAUUCCUAUUAGGCAACUUGCAGAAGUCUGACUCAGAAUGCGAACUACUUGCUUUUGACAAGUUGAGACCCGUAGACCAAUAUGUUUUGUGCAAACUGAAGGAAUUGAGUGGUGAGACCUUACGGAACUACACCGCUUAUAACUUUUCUAAAGUUUUAACGACUGCAUUUUACCACAUGAACAAUCAACUCUCAGCCUUUUAUCUGGACAUUGUAAAGGAUUCUUUAUAUGCGGAUGCGGCUGGAAGCUUAAAGAGAAGACAGAUACAGACCACACUAUUCCACAUUCUGGACACAUACCGCUGUAUUUUCGGUCCUAUAAUACCCAUUAUGAUACAAGAGGCUUGGGAUUAUCUACCGAAAGAAUGGUUACAGGACAAAUCUGAGUUCCACGAUAUGCUCCCCAGCGCGUCUCCGCUGACGCGCCCUUGGAAACAUCUUAAUAUCCUUGACCCAAACGGCAUCAUUGAUAAUUUCGAGCAAAAUCAGCUAGUGCUUUUGAAAAAGUACAAUCAAGCCUUCAAAGCACUUCCCGAAAUCACUAAAACUAUUCAAACUCAGGUGACGAUAAUAACUCCAGAAGGCACUAGUCUACCAUUCUCCGAGGAUUCUCUCGCGGACGUUCUUCAAGUUGGUCGUGUGUUGACCAAGACCUCAUCAAAAGAGCACGGAACUCGGAUCACCCUUGGAUCUGGAUUGAAAUUGGAUAUGAUCUUAGAGCCCAGUUCCUUACACGAAUGUCCCAGAUGCUGGAAAGCCAAUUCGCGGACGCCCGAAUCACUGUGCGAUCGUUGCUGUAAAACAAUCACGUGA